GCAGAAACAGCGCGAAGACACGGCUCUCGCGAGAACUGGUGAAGCGCCCGUGGGAUUUGGCCCUCGGAAAGGUUCAUCCCGUCGGGUGACAAAAGGAGUUGUUGAAUAUGAGUGAUGACAAACCCUUUCUAUGCACUGCUCCUGGAUGCGGCCAGGUAUGUGUGUUUUUGAUGAACAUACAGUCAUGUGAAAAACGUUUUACAAAUGAGGACCAUUUGGCUGUCCACAAGCACAAACAUGAGAUGACACUAAAGUUUGGUCCGGCACGAAAUGACAGCGUCAUCGUGGCUGACCAAACUCCCACACCAACUCGCUUCUUGAAGAACUGUGAGGAAGUUGGUUUAUUUAAUGAACUUGCUAGCCCCUUUGAACACGAUUUCAAAAAGGCAGCAGAAGACGACAUUAAAAAGAUGCCAUUAGAUUUGUCUCCCCUUGCUACUCCUAUUGCAACAACGACGACAACAAUUGUAAGAAAUAAAAUUGAAGAGCCGCCAUCUGUAGAAACGUCACAUCAGGAUAGUCCAUUGCCUCACCCAGAAUCUACCACAAGUGAUGACAAGGACAUUCUAUUACCACCGUCUGCACAGCCGACAUCCACUAUCGUUCGUCCAGCAUCACUGCAGGUUCCUAAUGUGCUCCUUGCCAGCUCAGAUGCAAAUGUGGUAAUACAGCAGGCGAUACCUUCUCCAACAUCUAGCACUGUCAUUACACAGGUUUCAUCUGUAAACAGGCCCAUCGUUCCAGUUCCUGGCUCUUUCCCAGUGCUUUUGCAACUUCCUAAUGGACAGACAAUGCCUGUUACAAUUCCAGCUUCAAUUGCAGCCCCAAGUGUACAUAUACCUACAGCUAUUCCGAUAGUCCAGGACACCACAGGCUCAUCCACCUGCAUAUCUCUGAGUUUACCCCGUAAGAAGGAUGUUGUUGAAGGCCCUGGAAAAAUAAAAAAAAAACGUAAUCUCCACAGUGCUGCCAGCUUUGUCCAGCUUGUCAGACCUGUUACCGUAGUGCCUAACGUCCCAGGAAUACCAGGACCAUCCUCGCCACAACCUGUGCAGUCAGAGGCUAAAAUGAGGUUAAAAGCUGCUUUGACUCAGCAACAGCACCCUCAGGUGGCAAAUGGUGAGAGUGUCUCUGUGCAGGGUGGCAGCAUAGUGAGGACUCAGUCAGAAGACACGGCCUCCCAGGCACUACAGCAACCAGCAACUUCGACGACUGAAACACCAGCUUCUCCAGUUCAGCCUGCUCAACAUAUCCCAAGCACCGGUGGCAGACGCAGGAGGGCAGUAAGUGAAGACCCUGAUGAGAAGAGGCGCAAAUUCUUGGAGCGAAACCGAGCUGCUGCUUCACGAUGCAGGCAGAAAAGAAAAGUGUGGGUCCAGUCCUUAGAAAAGAAAGCCGAAGAUCUGGGCUCUCUUAAUGGCCAGUUACAGAAUGAAGUCACCCUGCUGAGAAAUGAAGUGGCUCAGCUGAAACAGCUUCUCCUGGCUCAUAAAGAUUGCCCUGUAACCGCGAUGCAGAAGAAAUCUGGCUAUCACAUUUUGUGCAAUCCAAAGUACCUUGAUGUGCCAUCACACAAUACGCCAGCUCAAGACACUGACAAAGAAGACAGUUCGGAAGACAUCUCUGUGCCAAGCAGCCCCCAGGUUGAGGAAAUCCAGCACAGUUCCGUGAGCACUUCCAACGGUGUGACCUCAAGCUCAAUGGCUUCCACCCUCCUGUCGCAGAUUGCCGACCAGAGCACAGAACCCAUGAAACUUCAGACGCAACCUUCGGGAAGCUGAUGAGCUGAAAGGCAGACAUGUCAUCACUUCUGACUUUAAAAGAAAAACAAAAAACAAAAAAAAGGGAUACAGGAACUGUCGCCCCUCUCCGUCCAGGGGGAUUGCUGUAGAUCUUUAUAUUCGAUUUUUUUUUUUUUGCUUUCUUAGUUGUGAAUACCAAACUUAGCAAAUCUGGAAACAGAAUUGAGUUGCUUGCAAGCAAAUUCCAUCUUUGUUUUGCAAAACCGGACCAGCUGUCUUUUUCUCUUUGUUCUGCGAUGAUUACAACAAAGACGUACCUUUGUCUGUUCGCCACUAAUCCGUCUACACUUACUUUUCCCAGGAGAGCUUGUCCCGGGUGUUUGGAGUCUAAGGUGGGUGAGGCUCCAGUCAACCACAGGCCACACUACAGAACACACCUUGGCGCUCACUCCAGGCUGUUUUAGAGUGAGCGACCAGCCAGACUCACUGUACCCCAUAUGCAUUGUGGAAACCUGAACACCACGAGAAGAUCCGUGAGAGCUCAGGGCAAAUGCAAGUCUCCGAAGCAUCGUGGCAGUGCCAACCACUACAGUUAGAAACACCCUGGAAUGGCGGGGUCUGUUGCAGUAUAGACGCUUGACACAACGUUUGGUAUCGGCAGGUUGAUGGUGGGUACUCAGGUCUGCAAGGCCUUUGCUCUGUGAGCAUUAGAGUCGUCCGUUUCAUACUUACCUUGUCAUUUGGGUUUAGCUUUGGUCAUAAGAAUGAUCCAGAGACAUCAAAAAGAUUUGGGGCAGCCACCCGUAAAAAAUAUGCCCUGGCUGCAGAUCGGUAAUUUGUUGUGAGCUGUUCACAGGUCCAGCACAGAACUGAUAUAAGGCUGUAAAGAUGGCGGCUUUAAAGGCCGAGACAGGAAGUGAUGUCAUCCGGAAACGGAAGUGACGUCAUUGUGUGCGCCAGAAGUGAUGAAAUCAGGACCGGAAGUCAAGUCAUCAUAUGCACCGGACCCGGAAGUAACGUCAUCAUUGGUGCAAGAACCAUGCAGGAUUUCCCAUGGAUGGUCUGCAGAGGGUUUCCUCCCACAGUCCAAAGGCAUACAGGUUAGGUGCAUUGGCGA